CAUUUAACAAAAACCCACCAAUUCACUAUCUCAAAAAAUUAGAAUAUUGUGACAUGCCAAUCAGCUAAUCAACUCAAAACACCUGCAAAGGUUUCCUGAGCCUUCAAAAUGGUCUCUCAGUUUGGUUCACUAGGCUACACAAUCAUGGGGAAGACUGCUGAUCUGACAGUUGUCCAGAAGACAAUCAUUGACACCCUUCAUAAGGAGGGUAAGCCACAAACAUUCAUUGCCAAAGAAGCUGGCUGUUCACAGAGUGCUGUAUCCAAGCAUGUUAACAGAAAGUUGAGUGGAAGGAAAAAGUGUGGAAGAAAAAGAUGCACAACCAACCAAGAGAACCGCAGCCUUAUGAUUGUCAAGCAAAAUCGAUUCAAGAAUUUGGGUGAACUUCACAAGGAAUGGACUGAGGCUGGGGUCAAGGCAUCAAGAGCCACCACACACAGACAUGUCAAGGAAUUUGGCUACAGUUGUCGUAUUCCUCUUGUUAAGCCACUCCUGAACCACAGACAACGUCAGAGGCGUCUUACCUGGGCUAAGGAGAAGAAGAACUGGACUGUUGCCCAGUGUUCCAAAGUCCUCUUUUCAGAUGAGAGCAAGUUUUGUAUUUCAUUUGGAAACCAAGGUCCUAGAGUCUGGAGGAAGGGUGGAGAAGCUCAUAGCCUAAGUUGCUUGAAGUCCAGUGUUAAGUUUCCACAGUCUGUGAUGAUUUGGGGUGCAAUGUCAUCUGCUGGUGUUGGUCCAUUGUGUUUUUUUGAAAACCAAAGUCACUGCACCCAUUUACCAAGAAAUUUUGCAGCACUUCAGGCUUCCUUCUGCUGACCAGCUUUUUAAAGAUGCUGAUUUCAUUUUCCAGCAGGAUUUGGCACCUGCCCACACUGCCAAAAGCACCAAAAGUUGGUUAAAUGACCAUGGUGUUGGUGUGCUUGACUGGCCAGCAAACUC